ACUGCACUAAAGCGGAGAAGCAGAAGAUUGCGUUGUAGUCCGUAGACCACGCCUCCGCGCUCAUGUACUGAGGAAUAUAGAGGAUCAGAAACAAGAGCUGAACUGUUGAAGAAAUGAACGAUGUCCUGUUUCAAGUCUUCUCCUGCACUUUCCUACCCAGCUUAAAUGUGCUUCCAUAAACACAUCAGGACAUUCCACUAAGAGGAAUGUUAAGCUGCCAAAACAGGUGAUAUAUAUUUAUAUAUAUAUGAAUAUGGCAUCCAGAGGAUGUUUCGGUACUCAGCAAACGUCAUCUGGUUCCCUCCACAUGAACACAUCUCAUAGGCAAACACAGAAACGCAGCAAAGAGAAAAGUCACUGCUGCUUAGAGUGUGGUAAGAGUUUUAUUCAACAGUCUCAUCUCAAAAUACACCAGCGCUUUCACACCGGAGAGAGGCCUUAUCACUGCUCAGUGUGUGGGAAGAGUUUUACUGUACAGAGUCAUCUCCAACAACACCACCGCAUUCACACAGGAGAGAAGCCGUAUCACUGCUUAGAGUGUGGGAAGAGUUUUAAUCGUCAGAGUCAUCUCCAAGAACACCAGCGCAUUCACGCAGGGGAGAAGCCAUAUCAGUGCUUCGAGUGUGGAAAGAGUUUUAAUCGUCAGAGUCAUCUUCAAGAACACCAGCGCAUUCACACAGGAGAGAAGCCGUAUCACUGCUCAGAGUGUGGGAAGAGUUUUAGUCAUCAGAGUUCUCUCCAACAACACCAGCGCAUUCACACAGGAGAGAAGCCGUAUCACUGUUCAGUGUGUGGGAAGAGUUUUAAUCAACAGGGUCAUCUCCAGGAACACCAGCGCAUCCACACAGGAGAGAAGCCGUAUUACUGCUCAGAUUGUGGGAAGAGUUUUAAUCGACAAAGUAGUUUUCAAGAACACCAGCGCAUCCACACAGGAGAGAAGCCUUAUUACUGCUCAGAGUGUGGGAAGAGUUUCAGGCAUUCAAAAACUAUGACAAAACACAAGUGCACUAAGAGCAUGGUGGAACUGGGCAGUAAUGAGUCUAACCUUAACACAUUCCAGGAGUAAAAGUCUCCAGGAAAUGGUGCUUCCUGCCCAGAUUUCAAAUUGUUUUUAGGGGAGAACCACGUUUUACCCUAUUUCUAAAACAUAAGCAUAAAAUAAAAUAUUAUAGCGUCCUCCAUGGGUUCUGUCUUUCAAAGGAAGCUCAAGGGGCGUGGUAUGGAAUGUAACACCCACACAUGCCCUGCCUCUUGUUGAAAAAAGGAUAUUUUGUUGUCGUUGUUAUUAAUGUUGUUUGUUAGUUGAUGAUGUGUUUAUGUUUUGACUGUGAUUCAGUGUUCACCAUCAGUGAGUGUUAUAUGGCCAUUGUUGACCUUCCCUGCUAUUUACUCUGUGAGUGUACAGCUCUGCUAGAAAUUUAAAAGAACAUAGUUCUCUCUUUUGGAAAUAAAAGCAGUUUUUCUCUUUUUACUGUGGUGAACACCAAGUCAAGCUGACAGCUCAUACACCCAUACAGGUCUAUCACUUCAUACAGGUGUGGUACUACAGAUUCCCCCAAAAUUAGUUUAGUUUGUACCAUAUGUUGAAAACCAAUUUAGUAUAUCUAACCUAGUAUCAUGUUUCUGUUGCAGUGAUGUUCUGACAAACACAGAAUCCCUCUUUUGCCUCUUUGAGUCCUACGCAUUAACAGGAUAAUGUUUGUUGCAAUGAAAGUGCCACUUUAUCUUCCUUUUUAACCUUUAGAUGUUUUCUGUAUGCUCGGAGUGUUCUUGUUGAGGACUGCUGCAAAGGAGAUAUGAUUCUGAAGACUGCAACAGUGAAGUUUUUCUGUGUUGGGCAAAACUGAACAGCUUUGUAAAAGAAACACAGUGGUAUGAAGGACUACAAGACAAGCUGAGAGAUAUACUGAUGACCUCUCCUCCUGGUGUAUGCAUGCCUGUUCUACGUGGCAUAAAGUUGCAUACAGGCCAGACUACAACUCAUCCAUGAAUUUUCCGUUACUAUUUACAGAAACAUUAAGGACUUUUGUUCUUUGUGAUGCUUGGAGAGUGACUGUUCCUUGAGAAGUGUGCUGUGACAUGAGAAUGACUUGUUUAUUCAGUCUCCUACCAGACAUGUCGGCGGCCUGUGGUACCGGAGUUGGAACAGGGUAUUUUCAUCAUUGUAGAACUGGGUGAAAGAUGACCAAUAGGGAUGUUCCAAGGCCUUGAGCCUCACUGAGGGCAACUCUUUCUAACAUCAUUAUGAUGCACACAAUGGACGCUAUCUUUGUUGACUAAAUCUAACCAAUAGCACUGUGUUCUGUUAUGUUCCUGAAACAAUCCAAGUCUGCAUUAUAAGAGUUUUGAUUUGUAAUGUUGAUUUAACAUGUGCAUGCAAUUCUAUAUGUAGAUUGUCUAUAAAACAUAUAAUUUGCAUAAAGGUAUAACUACUUUGA